AUGGAAUAUGAUCUUGGCGGAACUAGGUGUUUCCUUUUAUUAGAGGAUGUGGCAAUGGCGGUGUAUGCUAAGUCGGUCAGACAUACAAGCAUCUGGGAGACAUUUUCUGUACAGGUUCUCUUCCGCGAAUGGGUUAUUAAAGGUUAUGGUGGUGAGGAUGAUGGCAAUGGGGAUGUUUAUGGUGGUGAUGAUGAUGGUGGGGAUGUUUAUGGUGGCGAUGGUAAUGGUGGGGAUGUUUAUGGUGAUGGCGAUGGCGAAUGGGUUAUUAAAGGUUAUGGUGGUGAGGAUGAUGGCAAUGGCGAUGGUGGGGAUGUUUAUGGUGAAGAUGAUAAUGGAUUAGUUUAA